GGAUAGAUUUGAAAGUAGAAUGAAAGGUUCUUAUCUGAUAAUCGUCAAAAUUGAACGCAUUCAAAAUGAACGUUGGUACAAACAGGGAUAUUUGAAUUUCUCAUCUAGCUAAAAGAAAAUCUCUUUAUUUGAACUAACUUUACAGUAUGCUGCCCAUCGUGAUGAAUUCAUACAGAAAUAUAAUAGCUCUAGUGAAAAAUUGCUUUUCCAUGGAUGCCGGAGUACAUCAGCGUAUAAAAUUGUACAAGAAUGUUUUAAUCGAGCAUUUGCUGGUGUUCAUGGUAAGAGUAACUUUUUUUGAAAAUCGAAGCAUCACUAAAAAUAUGCUCAUCAUAUUCUUGUAGGAGUUGCGUAUGGCAAAGGUGUGUAUUUUCAUGAGCAUGCGAAAUAUAGCCAUGAUUAUACUGAUGGCUCAAGUGAACGAACUAUGUUCUUAGCUCGUGUUCUAAUUGGUAGAACAUGUAUUGGUAAUUCAUCGAUGAAAGUACCACCUGAAGGAUUUGAUACAACUACAAAUGGUGGACAUAUAUUUGUGAUUUACCAUGAUGCUGGUGCAUAUGGUGAAUAUCUCAUAACGUACAGAUGA